UUCAAUAGCAAUGUUUAAAGAAUGGGAACUGAAAUCGAUCUCGCUACAUGUGUGCUGCAGUCACAAACUGUGCACCAUAAAUGUUGAAGUCCAAUCGAUCGACCGUUUUCAAGGGAUGUGCACACGAAUUUGUAGCUUAAGCUAAAAACGGGUCGGGUGUACCAUUGACGUACCUCAAAACAACAAUUUGUCGUCAAACCCAACGACCCUGUAUGUGUACUUGUUGCUGGAACGCGCAUUUUCAGAGUAAGGAACAGUUCGAACCAGCCAAACACGUAUACCGACCGUAGCCUAGUGAUUCAGACGCUGCAUAAUUAGUGACUAAGAUGGCGGACAGCACCAGCUACGUGUUGGUAACGGGAGGAGCGGGUUACAUCGGUAGCCACACCGUGCUGGAGUUGCUGAAGGAGGGCUACAACAUCCUCGUCGUUGACAACAUGUCCAAUUCUACAAAAGGUACGAAAGACCUCCCCGAAAGCCUCCACAGAGUUCUACAGCUUGUUGGCGGGAAUAAGAAAAUCUUAUUCUACGAAUUGGACCUGCUUGAUGAGGAGGCACUGAGGAACAUCUUCAAGAAGCACAAGAUCCAAUAUGUGAUUCACUGUGCGGCCAAGAAGGCUGUUGGGGAAUCUAUGGAACAGCCACUGUUGUACUACAGGAUCAACAUCAUGGGCACACUCAAUCUGCUGCAUGUCAUGGAGGAGUUCAAGGUGAACAACUUCAUCUUCUCAAGUUCCACCACCGUCUACGGCGCCCCAGAGAAGCUUCCCAUGGAGGAGACUCAGCCAGUUGGCAGAAGUAUCGCUAAUCCCUACGGUCGAACCAAAUACACCGUGGAGAUGAUCCUGAAGGACAUAUUCGCAUCCACCGAGCAUCUCAAGCGUGAUUAUCCAAGGACUUGGCCGUUCGACAAGAACCAGAUAAUUGACUGGAACAUGGUCAUCCUUCGCUACUUCAACCCCAUCGGUGCUCACGAGUCGGGCCAGAUUGGUGAGAAUCCCUUGGGCCCGCCCAACUGUCUGGUGCCUUACGCCACGCAGGUCGCGAUUGGGAAGAGAGACGAACUGAAGGUGUUCGGAGAUGACUACGAAACUCAUGAUGGCACAGGAGUACGCGAUUACAUCCAUGUGGUAGACCUAGCCGUUGGCCAUGUGGCCGCUCUCAAGAAACUAGACGAGAAGUGCGGCUUCAAGGUCUACAACCUUGGCACCGGGAAUGGCUACUCGGUGCUGGAUGUCAUUAAAUCACUGGAGAAGGCGUGUGGGAAGAAGUUAAAGUACAGCAUCGUUGGUCGUCGAAGUGGUGAUAUAGCGGCUGCUUAUUGCGAUCCAGGUUUGGCCGAGAGGGAGUUAGGAUGGAAAGCAGUCAGAGACUUGGACAAAAUGUGUGAGGACCACUGGCGUUGGCAAGCCCAGAAUCCCAACGGGUACGAGGUUUAACCCGAGAAAUAGCGAGAAGUAGCGAGAGUUCAAAUACUUCUUGAUGCUGCAGUAGUCUUUCUUUCCGCCAGAAUGUGGCGAAUAUUCCGGGAUGGCAUCACGGAAGAUAGCUAGAUCUAGUUAGAAUUGUUUAAAUUGAAGUUAACAAUAAAACAUAUUUCAAACAGUUGGAAUGUAAUGAACAAUUUAAUUGUGAAAAAAAAAUAAAAUAGGUUAAACGUCAGACUACACUUAAAAACCCCCAGCAAACUAACAUAAUGUGUAUAGGGCAAUUGAAAGGUUGAACAAAGAUGUUGAAUAGAGCGGGGUUUGAACCUGCGGCCUCUGAAUUACCGUUCCGGUGCUCUUAACUGAGCUAUCUAGCCCUAUGUUGGCGGUUCCCAAAUCGUUCAACUCUUCAAUAAUUAUAAUUUGUGAUUCAUUUGAGUAUAUAGAACAUCUUAAAAGAAACAAUGGGUUUGAAUUUUUUUGUUAAUGGUAUAGGCAUUUAUUUAUAGGCAAUAAUUUGGAAGGAAUUAAACUUUUUUUGGAAAGGCCCGUACCCGUUCAAAAAAAAGUUUAAAAAAUUGUAAGUUGUAUAUUUCUUGCCGUUACUUGCACAUGUGGUUAGUUUUCACCAUUUUGUGAAAUGCAACAAGAGAGUGACAGUCCGUUCAAGCCUAAUACUUUCACGCAAUCGUUAGAAUUCAAUUCUAUUUUUAUAGAUGGAAUGUUAUUGUUCAUGAAUCGAAGUGUGUCAUUUACAUAAUGUUUUAAUUCAUCUCAGUUUUUGGAUUUAAACGCUUAUUCAAUAAACCACAAAUGAUAUUGAA